CAGGUUUCCCCUCAUCUUCUGUUGUCUCUGCGUCACAUGAUGCGCCGGCUCCUUUGCUAUAAAAGCACCUGUCCUGCUCAGACAUCACUCGCAUCUCACUUUCUCCCACACACUCACCCUCACGCACUCCUGAACUUCUCACACACUCUCUCCUGUAUAGGACACCACCGAGAUAAAGGAAACAUGAGUUACUCCAGCGACAUCUACAGCAGCAGCUCCUAUCGGAAGAUCUUCGGAGAUGCCCCCCGCUCCGGUCGCGUGGGUCUCGGGGGCAGCAGCAGCAGCAGCCCGUCCCGUCUGCACUCCACUGGGUACCGCAGCAGCAACCGCACCUAUGGAUCCCCCUCCGCGACGUCCUCCGCCACCUACCGCAGGACGGCGGCGCCCGGCCGCGUCUUCUCCUCCAUGCCGGACUCCGGGAUGGACCUUACCAAGUCCACCGCGGUCACCAACGAGCUGAAGAUCAUCCGCACCAACGAGAAGGAGCAGCUGCAGGGCCUCAACGACCGCUUCGUGUCCUUCAUCGAGAAGGUGCACAACCUGGAGCAGCAGAACAAGGUGCUGGAGGCGGAGGUGACGCUGCUGCGACAGCGCCACAAUGAGCCGUCGCGCCUGCACGACCUGUACGAGCAGGAGAUCCGCGAGCUGCGGGCGCGCGUCGAGGAGCUGACGCACGAGAAGAGCCAGAUGCACCUGGACUGCGUGCAGAUGAACGAGACGCUGGAGCUCGUGCGGGAGAAGCUGGAGGAGGAGAGCCGGCUGCGCGAAGAGGCGGAGGGCGCCCUGAAGGGCUACCGGAAGGACGUGGACGACGCCACGCUGGUGCGUCUGGAGCUGGAGAAGAAAGUUGAGUCGCUGCUGGACGAGAUCGCCUUCCUCCGGAAAGUUCACGAGGAGGAGCUGCAGGAGCUGCAGACCUCUCUGCAGGCCACACAGGUGUCAGUGGAGAUGGACAUGAGUAAGCCAGACCUGGCUGCUGCCCUGAAGGACAUCCGGGCUCAGUACGAGAACCUGUCGGCCAGGAACCAGGUCCAGGCAGAGGAGUGGUACCACUCCAAGUUUACUACCGUGACCGAGGCAGCCGCCCGCAACCAGGACGCCAUCAAGCACUCCAAGGAGGAGCUGAGCGAGUACCGCAGGCAGGUGCAGGCCCGCACCCUGGAGAUCGACUCCCUCAGGGGCCACAACGAGGCCCUGGAGAGGCAGAUUGCGGAGAUGGAUGAUCGCCAUAACAAUGAAAUUGGAGAGAUGCAGGACACCAUUCAGCAGUUGGAGGGCGCUCUGCGCAGCACCAAAGGAGAAAUGUCCCGUCACCUGCGCGAGUACCAGGACCUGCUGAACGUCAAGAUGGCGCUGGACAUUGAGAUCGCUGCCUACAGGAAGUUGCUGGAAGGUGAAGAGUGCCGCCUCAGCUCCGUCGGCGGCGCCAUGGUCCAGUCGGGCUACCCUGGCUUCUCCUACAUGUCUGCCAGAACCUACAACCUGGGAGCCUACAGGAGGUUCGGUGCCAAGCCUGAGGAGGAGGAAGAGGAGGCGGAAGAGGAGGAGAAGGAAGAGGAGGAGGGAGACGACGGAGAGGAGGAGGGCGAGGAUGAGGCAGAAGAGGGAGAGGAGGGCGACGACCAGGAGGAAGGUGAGGAAGGGGAAGAGGAGGAGGACGAAGAGGAGGAAGAGAAGCCAAAGGGGAAGGAUGAGAAGGAGAAGGAGAAGGAGAAGAAGAGCCCCAACGGCAAGAGCAGCAAGAGCUAAACUGCUUGUUUCACCAUCUUCAUCAUGGUCAAUGAGACAUCCCACAUCCCACCAAUCAGUUAUAUGGAUCUGGUUACUGUUCACAUCAUCGCUUACACACACACACACACACACACACACACACACACACACACACACACACACACACACACACACACACACACACACACACACACACACACACACACACACACAAACCUUCUGUGUUGUUGUCUGUUUUCUCUGUAACUCAGAAGUGAUUAGUUCAGCUGUUCUUAGACAGAGAAGGAGCUGUAGCAGGAAACAGAUGUGUAAACAACGAGAGAAGAGUUGAAAUCAUCCUCACACUCUGCAGAGGUCACAACCAUUUUACGUCACAGCAGGAGGCGAUCAUCAUGCCACAAAGUUUCAUCAGUUUGAUACACGGAAUGCUUUUAUUUUUUCCUCACAUGAGCAACAGUAAUUGUGCCAUUAAUGACGAAUAUUCACAGUAAGAGCAAUCAAUAACUAGAGAGUAACAAUGUUGUCACAGCACACGGACAUUAAAGAUAAACGCACAGAAACUCGGAGCAUGUGAAACAGCCGGUCCAACUUUUACGGUGCUAUUUGAUUUUUACAUAUAAAAGUUGGGGAGCAAAGAUCACAGAUCAAACCUCUACCAGCUCAUUCCUGAAUGUUGCAGUCUGAGGGGAUGAAAACGCUUCUAUUUAAACUGCAGCUCAACCCCCACAUGCUACACAGCAGGUGAUUGCUUCUCACUCCCCUCUUUCCUUCCACUCCAUCAAUCCCCACUUAAUUCCACCCCUCAUCCCACCACGACAAGAUGAAAUGUACCAUUGAACCAUUCCAGCCCUUUCUUCUUCUCAUUGUCUUUAAUUUACUGCAGCAUCACAGUCCUGCAAUAAUGGCAACCAGAAAAACAAGAUGUAUAUACAGUAAGUGUGUUGGAGGAGGAGAGCUGCAGCUUCUCCAUGAGGAAGUGCAUCUAUGAGAAUGAAAAGUAUAGAGUUUAAAUUGCUGCUGAAUAUAAAUAUAUAUAUUUUUGGGAAUAUGAUUUAUCCCCCUUUUGAUUGAUUCAUUUGUCAAUUAAUUUAUCAGCCACAUCACCUGUCAGAGUUUAAUAUUGAUAAUUAAGCCCAAUUGCUUAUUUUCGUUCCCUACAUUUUCAGAGCAAACCAACUUUUUUUAAAUUCUCCUCACACAAACAUGUUGGUAUUUUAGCUGGAAAUAGGAAGCAAAGUGAAUGUGAGCAUGGCUGUCGGUGUCAGGCAGCUGACGGUGACAGUGACAGUCCUCAGCUCAGGCUGCAAGUGGCAGGUGGGCCAGAUGCUGCCGGGGUCAUGGUUAUAUGGUACAGAGUCGCAUAUAAGGGCUAUUUCCACCCUAACUUCUUCCCUCACUUCCCCCUGUUCUGCCCCGCUUUUCUUUUUUGACAAAUGAAUCAACCAACAGGCAUAAAUGCAUGGCCUGACUCUUGAAGCUUGAAAAUCUUCUGGAUGCGAUAGAUUUUUGCUUGUUGUGUGUUCAAUUUAGAAAAACUUAAAAACUUGCCUUAACCAUGACUGAAAGAUAAAAUAAAAACAUGUUUUCACCUGCAUCUCACUUGUUUCUGAGGAGGCUGAGGAGUGCUGACACUUUCCAGAAUGCUAUUCAACUGUGACUGUACGUGCUGCUAUCUCCUGCAGUGAUAUUCCUCUCAAAGCCAAAUAAAAACAUUUAUUAACCAAA